AUGGAAGGAAGUAGGGAAGACAUAAUUGUAUCCCUUCACCUACCAGUCUUGCUUGACAAAUUAUCCUCAGAAGCAUUAAGAGAUUUUGGAUCGGUAUGGUGUGCGCAGAGUGAGCUAGGUGCACUCUCAGAUGUUCUUGGGAAAAUUCAAAAAUUGCUCAAGUUCGCAGAGCAAGCUCAAGUAAGGAAUAUCUUGGUGAAAGACUGCCUUAGGAAUCUCAGAGGAGUUGCUUACCGAGCUGAGGACAUAUUGGAUGAGUUCAUCUAUGAAGCUUGUUACGAAAAAGAUGAAAGAUAUGGAGGUGGAAAGGUACGUUUGCACUUCCCCUCUAACUUAAAAUCAGAUGGUCUUUUACGUAAGCAUGAAAUCGUGCCUCUUAUAAAUGAUGAACUCGUAAAGAAACUAGAAGAGAUUGAGAAGAAACUUGAAGAUCACUAUCUCAGACAGUCAUCAGGAAAUCAGAAAUCACAUGGUGGUGGUGGUGGUGGUGUAAUUGAUGAAAUAUUUGAUACUAGGCCAAAGAGUGAUUCUCUAGUUGAUGAAUCUCUUACUUUGGGGAGGAAGAGAGAUGUAGAAGCAAUAAAAAAUGAGUUGUUGUCAUCAAAUCCAAAUCCAAAUGAAAACCAAAAACAGGUUUCUGUUAUUGCCAUUGUUGGAUUAGGGGGUGUAGGCAAGACAACUCUAGCCCAGCUUGUUUAUAAUGAUCCUGAUGUGAAGGAACAUUUCGAAAGAAGAGCAUGGGUUUGUGUUUCUACUGAUUUUAAUGAUGUGAGUUUGAUCUCUGCAAUUCUAGAGUCGUUGAAUGGGAGAAAUCUUGACUUGAGAAACCUAGACCCACUUAAAUGUGCGUUGAGAAAAGAAAUAAGGGGGAAGCGAGUUUUAAUCAUCUUAGAUGAUGUUUGGACUGAAAAGAAGAGAGAUUGGGAACCUCUGAGAGUUGCACUCAUGGAGGCAGGGGAAGGAAGUAGAAUAAUUGUAACAAGUCGAAGUAAAAGAGUUUCAUCAAUGAUGCACCCCAUGUAUACACAUGAUCUUCAAGUUUUAUCUGAUGAAGAGUGUUGGUCAAUAAUGGAAAGGCACAUAUCUCUAAAUUAUGGUUCUAUUGCUCCCAGCCUGGAAGAAGUGGGUAGGAAGAUUGCGAGAAAGUGCAAAGGAUUGCCCUUGGCAGCAUGUACGGUUGCAGGCCUUUUAAGCUCAUCUUCUAGUUCAGAUUUAAACCACUGGGAAGAAGUCUUGAAUAGUUCCAUGUGGGACUUAGAAGAGAUCAAAGAUUUGCCAGCUGCACUAAGUCUAAGCUAUUAUUUUCUUCCCACACAUUUGAAGCAGUGUUUUGCUUAUUGCUCUUUAUUUCCUCAAGAUUAUUUAUUCGAUAAGGAACGUCUCAUCCAACUGUGGAGCGCAGAAGGUUUUAUUAAAACGGACAAAGCAGGUGGCCAAUAUUUUGAUGAAUUAUUGCAGAGAUCUUUCUUUCAGUACUACAAUGGAUUUAAUGCCUUCUUUGUAAUGCAUGACCUUGUACAUGAUCUAGCAGAAGCAGUUUCAGGAGAUGUGUAUGGUAGAUUUGACUGCCAAAAAUCGAGCCAUAGCUCCAAAUUAGAGACCCGUUAUUUGUCAAUUUGUUGUCUAAAUUCCAUAAACAAGGACGACAAAGAUCAUCUUGAUCACAAGAAGAGGUUAUCCACAUGGAUAUGCCUACCUCGUUAUAAUUGUUUUGGGAGGGAUUACCAUAUUGAAUCUUUUGGAGGACUGAGAUUCUUACGUGUCUUAGAUUUGUAUAAAUCAAAUAUUAAGAUGCUUCCAGACGAUAUUGGUGGUUUGAUAUACCUACACUAUAUUAACCUUUCAUUUGCUCGUAACAUAAAACGAUUACCGGAGUCAUUGUGCGAUCUUUUCAAUCUACAGUCACUGAUACUCUGUGCUUGUAGCGAAUUACGUGAGUUACCUAGAGGCAUGAAGUAUCUACACAAUCUCCAGCAUCUAGACCUUCGUGAGUACGAUAAAUUACUUUCCAUGCCACAAGGAAUUGGGAGAUUAAGUAGUCUCAAGACAUUGCCAGAGUUUACUGUCUCAAAAGCUGAUGAUGGUCGUGUGAUAAGAGAGCUGAAGGAGCUGAGGCAGCUUGAGGGCGCACUUUCAAUCAGGUCACUAGAGAAUGUGAUUGAUCCUCUGGAUGCUCGGGAAGCUGAUUUGAUGAGUAAGCCGAAAAUUGAUGAGUUAGAAUUUUGGUGGGGUGAAAGUGGUGAUCAUAAAGAUGUUGAGGUUUUAGAAAGUUUACAACCUCUCCCUAAUCAACUGAGGAGUUUAAGUAUCUACAAUUAUAGUGGGUUAAAAUUUCCAAGAUGGUUGAUGAUUGAUUUGCCAAGCUACAACAAGCUAGUCUCUCUGGAACUCUCCGUCUGCCAUGAAUGCCAAGUCCUACCUCCGAUUGGGGAGCUACCCCUAUUAGAAACUCUAUUCUUAAAUGGCAUGAAGAAGUUGGAAGAGUUGUCGGCUAGCAGCAGCUGUAGAGGGGAGGAAAGUACUGAUGAAUUCCCUAGCCUCCGAAAUCUAUACAUUGAAAACUGUCCAGAACUGAGGAUACUACCACAGCCGCUUCUGUCAAGUCCGACACUAUGUGAAUUGCGUUUCAGGAGCUGUCCAAAGCUCAGGAUGUUGCCUACUCAUGCAGGAGGAGGACUAAGCAGACUCACCUCACUCAAAAAUCUUGGUCUUGGGAAAGAGAUGAAAGGGUUGGUUCAGUUUCUGGAUGACACAGAUACUAUACCUCCAAAUCUUAAUCGCCUUUAUAUCCGUGAUUGUAAAUCGCUACCCAAGGGGCUGAGAAACCUGUCUUCACUCCAACAUCUGACACUUGGUGAUGAAUGUAAAGCCCACUAUAGCCCCGAGGAGCUCCCCACAAAUGUCAUCGUUGAAAAAGCUAAAUGUUCUUGGUACUGA